AUGCUUUUGAAACUUGUUGUACUCCUCCUUGAUUUCAAAGCCCUUGGAAUCACACUCUUCGGUCCCGACUACAGUUCAAGUGAUGCCUCUGCCUACAUUUCAUCCUAUUCUAGCUCCGACAACUUCGACCCAAGAGAAUGCAAAAAUACGAGGACAGGGGUCGACUACAGAGGAACUCUUUCAUUAACACAAUCUGGCAAGCCGUGCAAGGAUUGGAGGGACUUCCCCCGAUGGAUAGAAAAGUACCCCGAAAGCGACCUAAACGGGCCAUAUUGCAGAAACCCGGAUGAUGAUCUAGGCGGACCUUGGUGCUUUACAAUUGGAGGAAGCUGGGAUAGCUGUAAAAUUAUUGACUGCGUUAAAUAUUUUUCUUCGAAUAAAAAGUGA